AUGGAGGAUGAAAGAGGAACGCUAUCGAGGGACUGGGUGGGCCGUGAUGAGCACGCGCCUUACCAUUUCUGGUUCUCCUCCACGAGAACGCCGAUCUCCCAGCAGCUGCGGGACCAUCCAUCUCAAGAUCAAGAACAAGAAAUGUCGAUCCCGAUCCUCCAUUCCUGCAGGAAGCGCAAGCGCCGCCCAAAGCUUUUCAGCUUCCACACAUUCGCGAAUCCGGGCUGCCCAAUCAGACCCACUGCGCUGUUCCGUGACAACAUCUGCCUCUUCCUGCAAGAAUGCACCAUGCCCGAGGACUACUCCCUCGAUGGGAUGCCAGUUUGGUGCACCCUCCUAAUGCACAAUAAGAAGAGCUUCGCGGUCCCAUUCUAUGUUGUCCAAGAGAAUGUCGAGGAGUCCUCCCACUCAUUCUGCGAGCACUGCCGAUUAGCCGGUUGGAGCAAUCAUUUCGUAUCAAGGAGGAGGUACCAUAUGAUAAUUCCAACGGAUGGUGCCUGGAAUAAGCCACUUGAACCCAAUGCCCUUGAUCUCCCCAAUCAUCUGCUUCAUGGUCUGAUCCACGGGAACGGGUUUGGCCAUUUGAUAUGCAUCAAUGGCAUCGAAGGGGGCUCAAAGUAUCUCUGCGGCCGUGAGAUCAUGGAUCUGUGGGACCGGAUCUGCUCAAUCCUAUGUGCCAGGAAAAUUACAGUCGAAGAUGUGUCAAAAAAGCGGUGCAUGGAUCUUCGGCUUUUAUACGGGGUAGCUUAUGGGCACUCAUGGUUCGGGAGGUGGGGUUACAGAUUCUUGAGAGGGAGCUUUGGAGUAAAAGAGAACAAAUACUGCAAAGCAAUUGAACUGUUAAGUUCACUGGAACUCGAAAAGAUUUUAGAGGAGUUCAGGGGUCGGAAGCAAUCAAAAGAGAUCAAGACGAUUGUGCAAUUCUACAGAGAUAUGAGUGAAGCUACUCUGAUCACAAUCAGAGACCUCUUGAGGUUCAUAUUGACUGUUAAGUCCCGUGUCGUGCUGAAGACUAAACUGAUCAAGGCUUGUCCAUCGCCUGAUUCGAAACCAGUGGAUCGAUUUGGAGGCCUUCACAAGAAGAAUCUUAUCAAAGUCAAGCCCCUGCGGUAUAGGAAAUUCGCUGCCGCGAUAUCAGAUAUGGACACUCGGUGGCCUGCUAGACGGCUUGAACAAGCUGCAGAAGUCAUUGUCAACGCAUUGCUAGAGAAGAGAGCAGACGGGUCAGGCCACAACGGGAUGACCCGACAGGAUGUGCGGGAUGCAGCUCGGGCUCACAUUGGUGAUACGGGCCUCCUAGAUAAUGUCCUAAAAUCGCUGAACAAUGUGAUUGUUGGGAAUUACGUCGUCUGUCGGGCAGUGAAUCCAGUGACGAGGAUUCUUGAGUACACGGUCCAUGAGCUCCGCGCUACAGAGCCCAAUGCCUCAGAAGUGCAAGGGGUGAUGGCAGUUCAGGACAGGUUUUCUUCAGCGGUUCCAACAGCCGGAGGCGAUGCUUAUGAUGAUUUGGUCUACAUGUACAAGAAUGUGCUGUUGAACUACCCUGAAUCAUCAGAUGGUCCAGUGGCAGCAGCCGUCAAGGCAGUACUUGACAGCAAACACUUUGCAAAGGAGUGGCCAUUUCGGGACGAGGAGGAAGAGUUUCUAACUUUUAUCUGCAAUCUCUUACCCAGGGAACUUGGGAUUCAUGAUAAGCACAGUACCAUAGUUAAACGCCCACCUGGUGAGAUUGUUUCGGUUCCCUUACACGCCACGGUCAGAGACCUGAAGCUGGCAGCUCAGAGUGCAUUUCGGGACACAUACUUCAUUUUCGAGAGGCUCGUGGUGCAAGAGAUCGAAUCCAUGGAGGAACUGGAGGAUGAGGAGGUUCUUUUCGGGGUCAUAGAGUCGGGUGUGGAGGUUUGGGUUAGAGGGACUGGGGCGGACAUGAGCACGCAGUUCAAGUACGAGGGUGGGGCUCAGAACUGGAAGGUGAGAUGUGAAUGCGGGGCUCAGGAUGAUGACGGGGAGAGGAUGGUGGCAUGCGAUAUCUGCGAGGUGUGGCAGCACACAAGGUGCUGUGGAAUCAAUGAUCGAGAGAGUGUCCCACCGUUGUUCGUCUGCUCGACCUGCUGCGGCUCUGUGGUAGGGUCCAGAAGCAGGCACGAAGAUGAGGUCUUUGAUUUUGAGCAGUCCAGCAUCACGAGUGAGUUCGAACAUUUCGGAUCCUUCCUGCUGCCUCCGGAGUUGGACUAUCUGAAUGAGAUGGAGCUCCCAUACUAAAACAUCUACGUCUACCACAAAUCAUCAUUUUCCAUAUCCGUCU